AUGAUCAGAAGGUCCAGAGCAGCUGCAGUAGUGUUUGUGCUGCUGUGUGUUCUUCUGCUGACUGCAGUCAUAGUGCUGUGUUUCACCUUCAUUCAAGAGAGACAACAGCUACUAACUAAGAUCACCAACCUCACAGAAGAGAGAGAACAGCUGAAGAUCAUCAACCUCACUCAAGAGAGAAAUGAUCUUCAGAAGUUGGAUGUCUCAUCUGUGUUUAUAGAUGGAUGGAAGUGUCAUCAAUCCAGUCUUUACUUCUUUUCCUCUGAGAUGAAGAGCUGGACUGAGAGCAGAAGAUACUGUAGAGAGAGAGGAACAGAUCUGAUCAUCAUCAACAACAGAGAGGAACAAGAUUUUGUGAAGAAUAUUUGUGGUUCUGAUCAUUUCUGGAUUGGUUUGACUGAUGUUGAAGAGGAGGGCAGAUGGAAAUGGGUUGAUGGCAGCAACAGCAACAUCACCUCUGAGUGAGAAAUGACUGAACUGAACUGAUUAUUAUUUAAUAAAUGAUUGUCUCAGUCAGUAUCAUAUCACACAGAAAGCAGCUCUGAUCU